AUGCGACGAACAGCAGUCGCAGCUGCGCUUACGCGCUACCCGGUGUCUGCUAUGCUAAAGGAGGGCCGCUUACAUCGCCGCUCCACGCGUAUUAAGCCGGCUCUAACGACCGAAAACAAGCACAUGAGGGUGGAGCAUGUGCUGAGCUAUAUAGAUGAUGCAACACACAAUUUCGAGCCCAUGGAGAACGUGAUACACAUCGACGAGAAGUGGUUUAAUCAAGACAAGAACACACGCACGUACAUGCUUCUUGAAGGUGAGCUGCCACCACAGAGAGACCGCAAGAGCAAGAACUUCAUCCCCAAGUUUAAAAAACCUUGCACUGGCAUAAAGCAUUCGUGUAAUCAUUCUCAGCCAGAGGAAGUACUGUAA